UCCACUUUUUUUCUUGUUUGUAAACAAAGCCUCUGGGUUCCACCCUCCGGCUGGAGCCGCGCCUAUAGCCAUCUUCAGGGCUAAUGCGCAUGCGUUGUGUGCCCCUUCCUCGUGCGACAGUUGCUGCUUUGGCCGCGUGGAAAACAACGGAAAAAGAGCGUGAGAGGGCAAAGCGGAUCGCAGUUUCUUCAUUCCAGCUACCAGUGCCAGCAUCGCACAGGAGGCCCCCAUGGCUAAGAAUCACCAAGCCAAUAGCAGCUCUCCUGAGAGGAGACCAGUCCUGGUGUCAUCUGGUUCAUCCUCCAGUGAGCUCUCCUCAUCUGGGCCUACCAAACUGCAGCCUUUCUCCCUGGGCCGUGUGUCAUCCUUCUCCUCCUCCUCAAGUAAUCUCUCCUCCAUCACGGUGCCUGUGCGCUUGGAUGUCCUCUACUUCCUCCUCAACAGCGCUGCCAAAGGAGCACAGUAUGCUCUGCCUCCAACACCCAUUCAUGGUGGACAGGGGUCUUUCGCCAUGUGCCAUUGUCCGGCUGCUCAUAGCACAGUGAGCUGCUGCCACUCGAGUUGCCACAGCGUGCCGAGCAGUGCUGGCAUCCAGCAGCAGCCGGGCGGAGUCCACCAACAGGGAGCACCUUAUGGAGGUUAUGGUGGCUGUGGAGGGCUGAAUAGUGGAGUCAGAGAGCAUCAAAAUGAUGGAUGCCAUUGGACCAGUGUGGCCCAACAAGGUGAUGGAAAGAGCUGGUCUGACUGUAGCCCAUCCCACUUGGCAGGGGGUUGGAAGAGAACUCAGUCCCCAAUGGGCUGGAAGGAGAACCAAAGAGGAGGAGGAGAAGGAGGAGACCGUGCUACUGGGGGUAGUUGGCAAGGCAAGCAGCAGAAUUUCAGAAGGUCCUGGGGUGACCGGAGGCAAGGCACUGUUGAGUCGAGCUCUUGGAAAUCAGGCUUGCAAGGCUGGAGGAGAGAAGGGUCUCCUUUCAGGUCAAGCACCAGCAAUGGUAAAAGGAACCCAGAAGGCAGCCAUUGGCAGAAUUCCAGGGAAGCCCCCGAAGCAAAAAGGAGUUUGGAUGGUGCCACCAGGAAGGGAUGGCAGAAAACUCAAGGAACUGGAGAAUCUGCUAGCUUUGUAGGCAAGGCUAAAGAUGCUGGACUGGUCAAAACAGCAGCUCAGGAGAGCGGAGAAGACUGGGAGGUGGAUUAUGAGAGUGGGCAAUCAGUUGUCCCUGCUACGGGGAGUAUUCCCUGCACUCCCCACCAGAAUGACCAUUCCAACACUUCCGAAGCAAGUGAAGAUUGGGAAAAGGAAUGUGCUUCGUCUGCUGAUCCUCCCAAACUGAGGCUGUUGACCUCUCCUCUUCCAGAGUCGGCUUCCAAAGACCAGGGAGUAACUGCUGCAGAUUGGAGCAAGAAAGGCCGGUUUCUCAGAUACCUGAAGAACCUUUAUACUGACCUGCCGGGGAAGUCCAGCUCUGAAGGCUCCACAGAUCUGACCAUUGACACCGAAGUGAAGCCAUCCGAACCAGAUGAGGAAGAGCAGUCCCUAGAGAAUGCCGCUGUCGCAGAAUCUAAAUCUUGAGAGAGAAGAAGGUCCAAGAUAAAUACCGCUGUGUUGAGUUUGGAAUGUAUGUUACAUCAUCAUUUUCAACUUCUUAACUUUUCUUGUGGGCUCAGCCUUUUAUCCCCUUCAAGCCAUGUAGACCAAGAUGGUUGUUUGUUUAAUUACAAAUGUGUAAAAUCACAUUUUUCUGUAAACUUACUGCAAUAAAGAUAAAGUUGGCGUCA